GCGCGCCCGCGCCCGCCCCCUGCGCUCGCCUGCCCGCAGGACUAGCGCGCUCCCUCCUGCCCCGCAUCCAUUAAUGUCCGGGGGCCGAGGGGAGCAGAAAGCAGGGGCACAGCGGCUUGCAGGCGCGGCGGCGCAGCCCCGGCCCCCUCCCCCCCGACCCGGCCCAAAGCAAAAACCACAGACCAACAACCCGGAGGGGGGAGGGGGAAAGCAGCGAGCGCGCGCGAGAAAUCCAAAAAGCCGGAAAAAACGCCCCGCGGCAACACCGGGGCCGGCCGCCGCCUCCGGGCGGGCCGCGGCAGCGCUCUCGCGGCGGCGGCGGCGGCGGCGCUGGGGGCCGGCGCGGCCCGGGGCGGCGGCGGCGGCGGGGCGGCCCCGCGGAGCGGUGCGGGAGCCUGGCGGCGGAGGGCAGCGCGCCCGCCCGCCCGCCGCGCCUCGCCGCCGCCGCGCUGCCCCGCCGCGCCAUGACCCUGAGCGCGGAGAUGUCCGAGGCGUCGGCGCUGGCCGAGGAGACCGACAUCGAUGUGGUGGGCGAGGAGGACGACGAGGAGGACGACGAGGAGCCGCAGCCCCGCCGCCGCCGCCGCCGCCGCCGCUCGUACGCCGAGGACGAGGAGGAGGAGGAAGAGGAGGACGAGGAGGAUGCGGGCGACCUCCACGACGACGCGCUGCUGCCGCGCUCGCCCGUGCGCGGCGGUGGCGGCGGCGGCGGCGGGGCGGGCGGCGGGGACGGGCCCGGAGGCUCGCGGCCCCCCUCGCGGGGCGGCCCGACGAAGGCGGCGGCGGCGGCGGCGGCGGGCGGCGGCGGCGGCGGCAAGAACAGCCUGGUGAAGCCGCCCUACUCGUACAUCGCGCUCAUCACCAUGGCCAUCCUGCAGAGCCCCAAGAAGCGGCUGACGCUGAGCGAGAUCUGCGAGUUCAUCAGCGGGCGCUUCCCCUACUACCGGGAGAAGUUCCCCGCCUGGCAGAACAGCAUCCGCCACAACCUCUCGCUCAACGACUGCUUCGUCAAGAUCCCCCGCGAGCCCGGCAACCCGGGCAAGGGCAACUACUGGACGCUGGACCCCGAGUCCGCCGACAUGUUCGACAACGGGAGCUUCCUGCGCCGCCGAAAGCGCUUCAAGCGGCAGCAGCUGCCGGCGCCCGAGCUGCUCCUGCGCGCCGUGGACCCCGCCGCCUUCCUGCCGCCGCAGCCGCCGCCGCCGCCGCAGCAGCCGCCCUACGGCUGCGGGCCCUACGGCUGCGGGUACGGCCUGCAGCUCCAGCCCUACCACCCGCACUCCGCCCUCUUCGCCUUCCACCACCCCUCCGCGCCGCCCCGCCAGCCCCCCGCCGCCGCCGCCAGCGCCUCCGGCGCGGCGCUGCCCCCCGCCGCCGCCGCCGCCGCCGCCGCCGCCGCCGCCGCCGCCGCCGCCGCGCCGCCGGGCCCCUUGCUGCCGCCGGCGGAGCUGGCACGGACGCCCUUCGGCUACGCGCCGCCGCUGGGCCCGGCGCUGGCGGCCUCGCUGCACGCCGCCAAGCCCGGCCCCGGCGCGGCGCUGGCCCGCUCGCCCUUCUCCAUCGAGAGCAUCAUCGGCGCGGCCGCCGGCCCCGGCCCCGGCCCCGGCCCCGGCCCCGGUCCCGGCCCCGGCCCCGGCGGCAGCUGCGCGGCGCAGUCGGUCGCGGCGCCGGCGCUGGCCCGCGCGCUGGGCAGUGCCGGGGGCCGCCUGCCCCCCGCCGCCGCGCUGCCCGCCGCCCCGGGCCUGGCGGCGCGGAUCUCUAACUGCUGAGGGCUGCGGAGCCGGUGCCAAGGUAGGACGCGGGGUCCCUGCUCUGCCGCCCCUCGGAGCCCCGCGCGGCGGGUGGCGGGGCCGCGCGUGGGGCUGGGCCGUCCCGCGCCGCCGCCGCGCCCGUGUCCGCGCAAAGCCGGGGCUGUGCUGCGCGGCGGCGGUCCCGCUGCCGGGGAGCUGCCCCUUGUCUCCCGAAAGGAAACAAAAAACGCAUAACGUCUCUAAACCGUCCGAGUUCAGAGAUUCUCAGGUCUAGGAGCUUCUAAACAGUUACGUGCAGGAAAGGAAAAAGGCUCGAGGGAGGACAGCGAAGCAAUACUUUUUCAUUUUAGUACGCUCGUCUCAUGUACUUUUAUAAAAAAAGAGAAAAGAUUAACAUGUUUACACAGAAGAAAGUCAAGAUUAUCAUUUCUUAUUUUAACCUGUGUUUUGUAUUAUAAUAGACUUACGGAGUUUUUAUUUUGUACUUUAUGCGUAUUCUUUACGAGGAAUAUUGUUAAAAAUUACUGGCAAGUAUUAUUGUACCAUUUUAAUGUAAAAUUUUUACACAUUUUCAAAAAUAAAAUUUUUAAUUUUCAAAAAUAACCCAAACAAUCAGUAAAAGAAAAAAAAAACCGAAGGAGCCCAGCCUAACUAUUGGCUUUGGACUAUUCCGUCCAUAGCACUUCUCCCUUCGUUGGGACAUUGAUACUUUUUCCUUCGGGAUUAAUAUAACAAUAGCCAAAGUAUUUUGCACCUUGAAAUUUAUUAUGACCGAAUUUGACCGCGAAGAAGACCAGACUAUGGUUUUCGCAGUGAAACCAUUGUUAGCCCUAGCAGAGAGCGAAAGACAAAAAAAGAAAGACCAAGGACAAAAGAGGUAGUAAACAGAAAUAGGUCUCUCUCGAGGGAGUAAAACCAGCUGUGUAAAGCAUCAAUCAAGGCAUUGAUUAAAAAGCCAGUUUUAGACCAUUUUUAUCCUUCUGGGUGAGUUCUAAUUCACAGCUGCAUCACGGUUUGCUUUCCAAGAGGCCCAAAGGAAAUAAUAACAAGUGGCACGUACAGAUCUUCAGAGAGAUUUGUCCUAGCCUCUUAUAUCUAUGCGACGAUAAUGCGGACAUGUGUUUCUACUUUUCAAUACAUAUAAUAUAAAUUGUGCGUUGGAAUAUCCUUGUGUGAUGAGCUGAUUAAAUACACAAGCAAUUGAAGUAAGGAUAUAUGACUGUACGAAACAAACCGUGUAAGCAACUAUUUUCAUUUCGGACUGACAUUUUAACACGCAUGCGAUUGAUACAUACGUAUUUUAUAGGCUAAAAUUCCUUUUUAACCAGAAAAUCGCUCUCAAAUAUUCGGAGCUUACACGUGAAAAGAGAAUCGUGCGUUUUAAGAGCAGGCAUGUGGUUGCUUGUUGUGAAGUAGGAACACUCGUAUUUCACACCAGGAAGGUACUUUACAAAUAUGACUGUAUUUAAAACAUAAUUUGGUAGAUUGGGGGAUAAAUUGUGUGGAUUUCCUUGAAAAGGGAGGAAUGUCUUUUACCGUUCUUUGGAGUGGCGAGCGAAAGGUUAUGUGUUUUACGUUUUCACAUAUCGAAAUACUUUGCUUCCUUAGUUUUCAGCAUUCUCGCGGCUAGAAAAGUGAUGAUUUCUGUUUUGUUUGUAGCAGCGCAGGGUUAAAAUACUGGUUUUCAGUGCGCGGAAUGACGGGCCGCGGGCUCGCUGCCGGGCCCCGUUCGUAGCACGCAGCCGAGGGCCGCACGGGCUCCCCGAGCCCCCGCGAGGGCAAGCGCGGUCCUCUUUCGCCUUUAGCAGGGGGGCAGCAGCCCAGAGGCCCCGCAGAGGGGCCCUGCGGGGAGCAUCGGCCGCAUUUCGCGAGGGGCGACUACCCGCGUGCGCCCGGCCGGGCCGGGCCGGGCCCCGCCGAGCCCGGCCGGGGCGGUCUGGGCGCCCCUGACAGCAGCCAAAUUAUUUUACAGCUGGAAAUUGGAGGCGCCCCUUGGAGACGCGGUUGAAAUGAGCCGGGGGCGGCCGGGGGGAGAAGGCUCCCUGCCCGCCCGCGGCGGCCGUGGGCUCCCCAAAGGCCGGGCGCAACCUGCAGCUGCUUGUUUUCCGGCUGCCCCGGCAGCGGCCCGGGGUGAGGGGCCGUGCGCGUCCUUGCGCUGCCCCCGCGACAGGCAGAGCGGGCCGGGGCUGCCCGUUACGCGUUUCUUCGGGCUCCCUCACAGCCGGCCCGUGGGAGCGAGGCGAGGUCCCGCACGCCCACGGCCGCGGCGGGUGUCCCUGCUGUCCUCCCCUCGCGUUUCCUAAGAGGCGAACCUCGUUUAGGGGUGCGUGGCAAUGAAAUUGCUCGGCCGCUUGCUCCUUGCCGGUUUUGCGCCGGCAGUGUGCGCGUUGCGUGGCCGGGGCCUUCCCCUGGGGCUGAGGGGCGAGCGGCAGGCACGGCAAGGCGCGCUGUGCUUUCAUUUGCACGGCGCCGAGGGGCAGAGCCGGGGAAGGAGGCUGCGGCGGCGGCGGCCCCUCUGCCGGCUUCAAACCUCCGGGCCCGGCUCCGCGCCGCUGCGCGCUGCAGCGCGGCCGCGGCCGGGCGCCCCCCGGAGCAGGUGCCGCCACCAAAGGCGGCGGCUCCGCGGCCGCGCACAUCCGCGGCCCAUUCGCAUGCAAAUGCCCGCAGUGCCCCCCGCGCGUUGGGGGUGGCGAGGGGACGUGUAGUCCUCGCGGGGACGGAGCCCGGCUGAACAAUUCCUCCAAAAUAGGCUGGGCCCUGACAAACAAACUGGUGGGACAAACACGAUGGUGUCACCUCCUCCUCCUCCUCCUCCUCCUCCUCCUCCUCCUCCUCCUCCUCCUCCUCCUCCCAGCUACGAAGUGUGGAUUCAUUAACCCGUCUCCUUUUCUCAUCCUAUCCCCGUAGGGCUGAGAGACGAAUUACUGGGGCUGAAUUGGGAGGGGAUUGCUCUAUAUGGGGGCUAAUGUUUCAAUCAGUUCCUCCAGAAGGACCACACAAAAAGAAACUUUUUAGUUUAUGGUGCUAUUAUGCAGAGUUUUAAUCUAGGGAUAGAUUUAGCCAAAUGUUAUCUAUUGGGAAUUUAAUGAAGUCCUUAUGUAUUCAAUCACUUUUUAUGCCACACACAGUGUCUCUGUCCAGAAACGUUUCCUUCCACAUAUUUCUUUGUUUCUGUUGGGUGAUUUAUAUAUUUUUAAUCACUUUUUUAUUAUUACUUCUUCUCAACCAUCUUGUAUAACAGUGCUCUGGAGCAGAGCUGCGUUAGGUCCCUUCCCACAUCCCCUAUGAAAGAAAUUUCCACUUCCCACCCCCGUUUCAAAGCUGAUUAGCUGGCGCGUCCGCAGGCUGCGCGCUGCCCGCCGCAGGGCUUCCCCGCCGCGGCGGCGUGCGCGGGGCGGCAGCUCCGCGGCCCUUGGCCUGGCCCCCCCCAGGCCCCCCAGACCCUCCCCAGCCGGCCGCGCCUUUCGCCGGUGUGGCGAGAGGCACCGCGGGCGGCCGCCGGUGCUCGGGCCGGCCGCUCCUCCCGUGGGCCGCGGGGCCGGGGCUCACCCGCGCCCGCCCGCGCCCGUCCCCGCGGCUCUCGGGGCUGCGGAGCGCGGCCGCCCUGGCCGAGGCCGAGGCCUGUGCGGGGGAUCUGCAGGAAAGCGGGUCUGCUCGGAUGGGCCCUUGGCACGGGCCGGGGGCUCCGCUCCGUGCGUGACACUUGCCGCCGCUCGCUGCAGUAAGUCCUUCCGCGGUCUGCUGUAUAUUGCAUUUCACAGAAAUGAUGGGGGUUGUGAUCGUGGCCACAUGCGCCUUGCGCCGCGGCUCGCUAACCGAAGCAGAUCCGUUUUCCAGCUCCUUCCCGGCGGCUCCUCUCUCCCCUCCUCAGCGAAGCUGCAGCCGCCCUGCGGAGCCGCCCGCCCGCCCGCCCGCCGCGACGAGGUGCCCGCGGCCGCGCAGCGCCCGCAGGUGCGUGUGCGCCCCGGCCGCCGGCCGCUGUGCCGCCCGCCGCUGCCGCUGCCGCCUGAGCCCCGCCGCCUGCAAGGGGACCUCGGGGCUUCCCCGCCUCCCCCCAGCCCUGCCCGGCCGCAGCCCCACCGCGGCCGCGCUGCGUUCGCCCCUCUGCUGCACGGAGUAGCACAGCUGAGAAGAGCGCCGGGCCCCGCCGCCCGGCCGGGCUCCCUCCUCGUGUCCCGGCCCGGCCCGGCUCAGCUCGCCGCAGAGGACCGGCGCUGACCCAAGAAAGAAGGAGCCAAGGUCGAGGAGCAGGGAAGCCCGCGGCGGGACUCCCGUCCCCUCUGCGCGGCGGCGCAGCGGGGCAGGCGCUCCGCGGCCGCGGCGGUGCUCCGCGCCGGACCCCGCGCCCGGGCGAGCUGGGAGCGGGCAGGGACGGCGGGGCGGCCCGCAGGACGCGGCGGCGGAGCCAGCGGCAGGCGGGCCCCGGCGGCCGCCGCUCGGACGCGGGGCUCCCGCUCGGCGGCCUGCCGGGACCUGCCGGGCCCGCCGGGGCCGGGCCGGGCCGGGCUGGGCCGGGCCGGGUGAGGGUGCCACGGGCGCUCUUUGCACGUUCCGGUUAGGCCGCGGAAGGCCGAGAAAGCAGAGCAAGUUCUGGACUGGACUUCACGGAAGACUUUUUCUUUUUUUUGUUUUUUACAUGCAAUGUCUAGCUAAUUUCAAAAAUGAUAUCGCUGAACUGUAUUCAGAAGGACAGUAUUUUUAUGAGAAUAAUUAAACUUGCCCUUUCUCCAAA